AUGUGCGGAGGUUUUCUCCACUCUUCAGUCUUCAAAAACGCUGCAACUGAACUCAGCAGAGAACGAGUGAAAGUGACACUUGAGAAAGCCAAGGCGAGCCGCAUUUCUUGGCCCCUUCAUUUGUCUCAGUUCUACAUAGCUCGCCUGAGCAGCAGCCGCGAGCUCGAGCGCCGCCACGCGAAGCCGGUCAGAUCUAGGGUUUGUAUCCUGCUUUAUCUGCUUGUCCAUUCAGCUGUUUGGAUUAUACUGGUUAUAGCAAUAUCGUCGCAGCCUGAUAUCUCCGGUGAACGUCAGUUCGGACAAGAUGUUCGCACUCAAAACGGUACUUUGUGGCUUGUCAAGCUGUUUCGAAAAUCGUCAAUUCUCCUUUUGCUCUGCCUUGGUAAAACCCCUAGUGGUCUUCGCUCAGACCUGUUGCACUCGACAAGGUUCUUGUUGAGCUGGCAGAACUACAAGACCAAUAAGUUGCUUGAUAUGAGGGAAGCAUGCAAGUAUGUUAAUGAGAAAUUGGCUGUAAAGGUUGAAAAGCUUGGCAAAUAUUCACUUGCAAACAGUGCCAAGACCAGCAGGUCCUCAAAGUUGAUAGGUGGUGACAAUGACUUUUUUCGCAAAUCUGGUAAAUGUGGAAGCUGUACAAGCAGUAAAAUGACAAAUGCAAGAGGCGAAGUUUGGUAUCGGAUCAAGAUUGAUCGAGAAAACCAAGUUAAUCCUACGGCUGGUAAAGUAGGGGGUAUGGAUGCUUACGGUGGAAUAUCUGUAGACGAUCUUUUAGACUUACCAAGCGACGAUUUCUUCCCUCCCUCUUCCUCCACCGCCGCCACCACCGCGGCCGCCGUCUCACACUACAAUUGCUUCGAGCAAUCUUUCACUCCUAGUUUCUCUAGCGAGUUUAACGACAUUCUAUGCUUACCAACGGAGGACGCUGCGGAGCUGGAGUGGCUCUCGAGCUACAUGGACGAUUCGUACUCCGAUCUCCCACCAAACGAGCUCGCCGACGCAGCCGCCGGAUUCCUCUGCCGGCCGCGGAGCAAGCGCUCCCGUCCGUCCGUCUCCCCCGCGGCCGGAAACUCGAUCCCGAUCUGCGGCGGGGUUACGAGGGGGGAGAAUCUCUCGGGGAGCGGCCGGGGGCCGGAGGUCGAGCGCAGGUGCACGCACUGCGCGUCGGAGAAGACGCCUCAGUGGAGGACCGGGCCGCUGGGCCCGAAGACGCUGUGCAACGCCUGCGGCGUGAGGUACAAGUCGGGCCGGCUGGUGCCGGAGUACAGGCCCGCCGCGAGCCCUACGUUCGUGCUGACGCAGCACUCCAACUCGCACCGGAAGGUUCUCGAGCUGCGGCGGCAAAAGGAGAUGCUCCGCCAGCAGCAAGAGGGGGCGUGCGGUCGUCACUUUCGCGUGAACUGUGGGGAGAAAUAUCCAAUCCACAAAACAUUUUCGUUUCUAAAUGAGAAGUUUUGCAGUUUGUGCUGUUUGAACUUGUGA